AUGUCUCGCGUAGCAGGCCGCACCGACUGGGCCGAAGAGGAGGACGAGAACGACCUCGCGCUCCCCCAGCAGCAGGUGACCAAGAACAAGGACGGAACCGAGACGAUUGUAUCCUACCGCAUCAACGAGGACGGCAAGAAGGUCAAGACGACGCGCCGCAUCAAGAAGAGUGUCAUCAAGCAGGUGGUCAACCCCCGCGUGGCCGAGCGCAAGGCAUGGGCAAAAUUCGGCCAGGAGAAGGGCAAGCCCGCGGGCCCGCAGACGGACACCGUCUCGGUCGCUGAGAACAUACUCUUCCGCCCACAAGCCAACUGGAAGGCGUCGACAGAAGACAAGGGCGAUGAGGAAAAGAAGAAGCUCGAGCUCAAGAACGCAAAGAUCAAGUGCCGUAUCUGCUCCGGCGACCACUUCACAACAAAGUGCCCCUUCAAGGACACCAUGGCCCCCGAGGGCGCCGACGCGCCCGCCGACAUGCCCGACGAUGCGCCUGGCGGCAGCGGCGGGCUGGGUGCCGGCAGCGGUGGCUACGUGCCCCCGCACAUGCGCGGCAAGAUGGGCGGCGGCGAGAAGAUGGGCGGCAAGUUUGACCGCGACGACAGCGCGACACUGCGCGUGACCAACGUCAGCGAGAUGGCCGAGGAGCAGGAUCUGCGCGACAUGUUCAGCCGCUACGGUCACGUCACAAGAGUCUUCCUGGCCAAGGACCGCGAGACAGGGCGAGCCAAGGGCUUUGCUUUUAUCAGCUACGCAGACCGGUCGGACGCUGCCAAGGCGUGCGAGAAGAUGGACGGCUUCGGUUUCGGCCAUCUCAUCCUGCGUGUUGAGUUCGCCAAGAAGGCCUAA